AUGGAGCCCUGGUCAUGGGAUCCGGGUCAUGGGGGCCCGGGUCAUGGGCCCGGGUCAUGGGGGCGCGGGUCAUGGGCCAGGGUCAUGGGGCCCGGGUCAUGGGGCCCGGGUCAUGGGUCCCGCUUCAUGGGGCCUGGCUCAUGUGGCCCAGGUCCUGGGGCCCGGGUCAUUGGGCCCGGGUCGGUGCCCGGGGCCUGGUGCCCGGGUCAUGGGGCCCGGGUCAUGGGGUCAGGGUCAUGGUGCCGUGUCAUUGGGCUCGGGUCAUGGGGCUCGGGUCAUGGGGCCAGGGUCACUGGGCCAGGGUCACGGGGCCCGGGUCAUGGGAUCCGGAUAAUGGGACCAGGGUCAUGGGGCCGGGUCAUGGGGCCAGGGUCAUGGGGCCGGGUCAUGGGGCUAGGGUCAUGGGGCCCGCUUCAUGGGGCCUGGCUCAUGUGGCCCAGGUCCUGGGGCCCGGGUCAUUGGGCCCGGGUCGGUGCCCGGGUCCUGGGGCCCGGGUCAUUGGGUCCGGGUCAUGGGGUCCGGGUCACGGUGCCCGGGUCACGGUGCCCGGGUCAUGAGGCCCGGAUCAUGGUGCCCGGGUCAUGGGGCCUGGGUCAUGGGGCCCGGGUCAUGGGAUCCGGGUAA